UGCGCCAGCGCGUCGCGUCGCGUAGCUUAUGGCAACGAAGAUGGCGUCCACCAUAUCGAGGAAUUUCGGCGGCAGCGACAUGAACCAUUUAUCUGGAGAGGAGAAGUUUCCUGAAAUGACCGAAUUUAGCGGUUCAAGUGACGAGGAUAAGGCUUGUGCUAAGUUGUUUUGGCAAUCAGUGACCCUUCACCCACCAAUCGAAUCAAGAUUGGUAUCGGGAGAUAUCAGGCAGAGACUUCCAAAUGCGGGCCCAUUUCUGCAAGAUCCCAACUAUGCUCAUGAGCCUGAACAGGAUGAUCCAAAAUUGAAAGCAUUUAUGGCUAAUGCCCAUGCCCAGAUGGUCUAUGAAGAAAGUGCAAGUUUAACAAAACUGGCAAUUAAGAGGCAAGAGACGAGAAUGAUACAUCAGAAAAGACAAUCUGAAAGGAAAGAGAAAGAGAAGAUUUCCCACAGAACGAGGAAGCCACUCGUACCAGAUGAGUAAGUCUUCUUCUUCACGAUUUUUUCAAUAACA